CGAAACUCGAUUCCGAGAAUAACCUGCCGUUUUGGAGCGGAGUUGCAUGUUCUGUGCCUCGAAGUUUACGACCAGUGCUCGGCCACAAAUCUCCUUAAAGGUGCUAAAAUAGGCGGAUUUCGGCCGCAGAAGUGCGUCGUGGCCUCGAUUUCGGACCCGAUCGUUUUCCUGAAGUGACUGUGGCGGUGCGUGGCGCCGAUUUGGGCGCCGCAGUUGGGCUCUCAAGGCCCAAGGAUCGUGUCGUGCGUGUUGGGCAAUCGGACUCUCCUCGCCCCCUGCUGCUGGUGAUGCGAGUUGCUGAGCCACGCGGCCUCGAGCCAUCCCGACUCUGCUUUUUGUGAAUCGUGCCCAAUGAAGCGUCUAGAAGAAGCAGAGAGCUAACAGAAUCGAUGGCUCGCAGCGGGACAGUAUGUCUGCUGCUGCUGGCCGCCCUGCUGCUGCCCUGCGAGGCCAACGGUUGUAUGCCGGGCCUCAGCACACCAGGAGUGACGUGGCCUCGCGGAGACAUUGUCCUGGAAGAGGGGAAUCCGCUGCGGAUCAACUGCACCGUCUACCCCGACCACAACAUGACCAAGGGGCGCGACUCGAGCUACCUCACGUUCUACAACGGCACCCACGAGAUCUCGCACGAGCACAUCAGCGUGCUCAACGACACCACCGUGCAGCUGCUGAUGACUGACCUGCCGCUCUCCAACAAGACCGUCAUGUACUGCAAAUUGCGCAAGAACAAGGAGUACCACGAAAAGGUCGUCUGCCUCAACAAGGUCAUCGUCGGAAAGAGGCCGCAGGAAGUGAAGAACUUCAGCUGCUUCUCCCAGAACUGGCAGGCGCUGACCUGUCGCUGGGACGUCGAGGAGCACUUCCUGCCCACCGACUACCACAUCUCCUGGUCACUGCCUGGACGCGCAGGCAGAAACAGUUUCCAAAAAACACUGACCGCGCCCGUGGACCACUGCCAUGGAGACAGGAAAUGCAUCUCGGACUCUUUCACGAGGAUGAGUGUGUCGUGCCCCACCAAGAGUGACGCGGACAACAACACGUGCACCUGGAAUUUGAGCACCACGCCCAUCUACAGGCAGCCCUUUGAGUACUACUACAUCAUCAUGAACGCCAGCAACGCGCUGGGCAACAUAACUUUUCCCUCCAUCAAGUUCCACCACUACGCCCACGUUAUUCCGGCGCCUCCGGAGAACCUGCAGGCGCACAACCUGACGGCCCACAGCGUCACGCUCACCUGGGCCAUCCCCUAUCCUCUGCAGAACUUCCCUCCAGGCUUAAUCCACAGGGUUGAGUAUCGGCACAAGUGGUUGCCGAAAGAUCGCUGGAUUAUGGCGAACACAAGUCACCUAAACCCAAGGGCCAAGAAUUUGACCCUGCACCUCAGCAAUCUUCCCUACGCAUUCACGGAGUACAGCAUCCGUGUCCAGAUGAAGUCUCACGCAGCCAGAGACUCGAGUUACUCGGAGCCAUCGGUGCUGCAGAUCAAAACUGCUGCCAUUAGACCUGGUGCUUCUCCUAAGACUGAUACGGGCAGCUUUGAAAUUCUGGGUGACCUGCAUAGACGGGACAUUUACAUAUACUGGCAGCACAUUCCCGAAUAUUACCACAACGGGGACAACUUUGACUACAAAAUUGUACAAGAGGAUGAGAACGGCGAUUCUCUUACCCUCACGCCGAGUGAGACGACCGUGUCCUUUGCCAAGAUCAAGGGUUUAUCUCACCACAUGCACAAAUUCAAAAUCUACGCCUCCAACAGCGUAGGCCAGUCGUUGAAUCCAUCCAUCAUUACCAUACCCAGCCACUCAAAUGUCAUCAAAGAGCCGCUGUCCUUUACUAAAAUUGAAUUCGGCCGAGGCAUCUACGAGUUGUCCUGGAACGAGCCUUUGUCCGACGAGCAAACCACUUUGCCCAAGAUUGUCAACUACACCAUUUUCUGGUGUGACAGCGAGAGAGACAGGCCACACCAGUGCACUGGGAACUUUAACUGGACCCACGUGCCAGCCAAUGUGAACACGAUAAACAUAACGGUGCCGGACGACAAGAAAAUUUACCAAUUUGCCAUUUCUGCGAACGGUGCCAACACAAGCUCUGGUCUCUCAUGGACUGUUUGCACAGCAAUUCACAACAAAGGUCUGGGUAAAAUGAAAGAUGUGUGGUUGAAUAAGGUUGGCUCCAAGUUCAUUGAAGUGGGCUGGAGACUGGAAUGUUCAAACAGAAUCGGUCUCGUCACUGGAUAUAACAUUUCGUACUGUCCGAUCGUCUCAGCCCAAAACAGAUCUUGCAGAGAACCCGCUCACAUUGAAUAUGUCGCUGGUGACGCCACGACAAUUCAUGGCAACAUUUCCGAGCUGAUGCCUUACACGACCUACAUGUACCAGGUGUCGGUGGUGAGCAGGGGAGGUCAGGGCAUGCCUAGCGACGCCCACUUGGCCACCACCCUGGAGGCGGCACCAGAUCCACCCACCAGUCUGGAGGUCGCCAAUGUGACCAACUCGUCUUUGUACAUCCAAUGGAACCCGCCCGUCAACACCAACGGCAACGUCAAAUUCUACGAAAUCCACUUCGACAAGAACUCGACUAGGGUGGACGGAAGCAUUACCGAGGUCACUCUGCAAAACUUGCCAAGUUUCACAAAUCACUCAGUGUACCUGACAGCCUGCACAAUUGCCUGCUCGGAAGAGUCCAAUGUGAUUUGGGCCAAAACGUUGAUUGGAAAUCCUGGAAUGAUCGAGCGACUGAUUGUCAAGCGUGUGAACGCCUCAAAGUUCUUGGUCUGGUGGGAGCCGCCUCCAGUCCAUGGAGGCCACAUCGACUUCUACGAGUUGUCCGUGCAGGUGGUUGACGGGUCCAACAACUCGAUGAACAAGAAGUACACCAAUAAUGUGACCGAGCUGAUCGUGCCGGUGACAGACUGCAGCGUGGACGAGAAGCGUCGGACGUACGUGUUCAGCGUGCGCGCCGUCAACGUGGACGAACACAACCAAACGUUCUACGGGCCGUGGUCGGAGCCGCAGGAGCGCGACAACUGCUUCGACUCAGGCUUCUCUAGUCUCAGCAUCACCCUGCUGUCCGUGUUCAUCGUGGCGUGCACCCUGGUCGGCCUGCUCUGGUUCUACGGCAAAAAGGCCUGGUUCUCGGUGAAGGAAAUGCGCGCCGUGGAAGUGGAUCUGCCACCUGGGCUGGACCCCUCGUUGCAGGAUAUCAUGGGAUUCGGACCGGCCCAAAAGCCUGUUGACCCCAGCAGAGUCACUCCAGCUGACUUGGCCGAUUCUGAGAUGCUGCUGACCAAGUCGGAGAGACACGGUCGCAACCCGAGCGGCGACAGUUCCGGCUGCAGCUCCGCCGGCGGACACGAGGACAGUAUUUCCUCCUCGCUGACGUCCAACAGACAAAUCUCGACCGACUCCGGCACAGAAGUCGAUCAGAUGAACGAGGGCAGCAACAAGGCGCCCUCGGAUCUCGGCCACGCCGACGAAGACGAGGACUGGGAGUUCCGCGCCACCCCUGUGCAGCAGCCAGGUGUGCAGCCCGACGCCUACCCUUGUCUUCAGUACUGCAGGGUAGGCGCCCCGGGGGCCGAGUCGCCCGUCGGGCCCUACAUCAGGGUGGGCGAGCAGGCGCCACCAAGCGUGGCGACGGCGCCAAAUCUCACCAACAAGAGCGGCGGCUACGUCAGCCUGGAACAGGUUCCGCGCGCAUCGCCGGUGACCUCAGCCAGCGGCUACGUGUCCCACCCCUAUGUGUGGAAACCGUCCGCCUCCCCCUCGACUGCAGACCCAAGUUCCUCCUCAGCCUCCUCCUCGGCGUCAGGGUCGCCAACCCUGCCCCCGGCCGCCCCCAACGGCUACACGAAGGUGGGCAACGCCGACCCGGCCAAAAGCGGCCCGGCGGCCGCGGCCACCCCCGUGGCCGCCUCCUCAGGCUACGUGGCCCUCGGCAACGGGGGCGUGCCCGUGAUACGGAGGCCUGCCGCCUCCAACUACGUCCCCCACGGCGGGGCGCCGCCGCGGCCGGAGGCGGCCGGCGAAGGUGACCAGUGACCUGAGCAUUGACUCUCGAACCCAUCUCAGGACUUAGGUUAUUUGGCUGGGGCCGAUCGGGGGGCUAAGGAGGGGUCGUGCUAGAUGUACGGACGUGGAAGACUGAUGUAUUAUUUUAUUUAUAUAAGUUUUUAAUCACUAUUAACCACCGGAUGCUGAUUUUGUCGCGCUGAAAUCGGUGUUUUUAUUUUGUGUUUGUAUUUUAUUGUUCUGAUAAAAAUUAAAAGUCUUAUUUCUUGAGAAAUUUUAUUGACUUGGCAAAUUUUUAUUGACAAAAAAAGUUAGCAAAUGAGUAUGAAGUGAUAUAAGGAUUUCUACGCUACAGAUUUAAAAUUAAAAUCAUAUUAAAAAUUUUGGAGUUUUUCAAAUCUGAAAAACUUCUCAAAUAAAAAUAAUAAUGAGAGACUUAUGUUAAAUUUAAAUCAUAAACAUUUUCAUUAACAUCAAUUUUUGCUCUCAAUUUUAAAAAUUUGCCAAUUUCUUUUAAACUAGAAAGUCUUACAUUUUAAAUAAUUUGCCAAACGAACAAGCACAAUGGAAACGCACCGUUUCUGCAAAUCUGUUUUUUUUUUUAAUU